AUGGGUAAUGCUGGCGAUGAUUCAAUUGAAAAUGCUAAUUUUGACGAAAACAAAGCUAAAGAACUACUUUUAGAUUUUUAUACAUUUAUUGAAUGGGUUCAAGAUGUACUUAUAAAUCCAGUUGAUAUUAAACAAAAAUUUAAUCUAUUAGAUCCAUUAGAAAAGAGUUCAGAUGUUGUUUCAUCAGGUAUGAAUUGUAUUAAAAAUAUAUUAUAUCAACUUUCAUCAAGUUUAGAUUAUACAAAUGAAGAAUUUAUUGAUCAACAAAAAUUAUAUUAUCGAACAGAUAAAAAUUAUAUUUAUGGCGAUUGUGCUUUUGAAUCUGAAAUCAAUUAUGCUAUUCGAUUAACUCAAUUUCAAUCAUCAUCACAUACUCCAAAAACAACAGUAAUUUCAACAAUAAAAUAUAUAGUACAUGAUAUUAAUACAUUACAUCUAUAUCGACCAAUAGAACAUCCGAAUAAAAUUGAAAUUACUAAUAUGAAAGAAUUAAAAAUGUUGAUUGGAGGUGAUGUAGAAUUACAUGAUGAUCUUAUACAAAAAGGUUUUUUAUUAUUAAACAAUUAUAAAUUUUAUGUUGAAAUACAAAAAUUACUUCAAAAGGAUAAUGAUGCUGAUAAUCAUAAUAAUGAUGAAAAACUAUUAAUAAAUAAAUUAUAUAAUAAUGUUAAAGUUUUAAGUUCAAUAACAUUUUUACUUGAUGAUAAAAAAGAAGAAAAAGGUAAUUUAAAGCAAUUAAUCUAUUAUUUUAACACAUUCGACCCGAUUUAAAAUUUCUGUUCUGACUGUGAUAAUUUUUUUUGUCUUGAGUGUUUUAAUGAUAAGCAUUAUGCUAUGAAAUAAAGGACUCAAAUAAAGUACUGAUGGUAGAAGAUGGGGUGUGGGUGUGGGGUGUGAGUCUGUGUGUGGGUGUGGGUGUGGGUGUGGGUGUGGGUGUGGGUGUGGGGGUGGGUGUGGGUGUGG